UAAUGUCUCAGUCCUACCAGGAAGUUAUGCAACCUUUAUGUGUCCAUUGGAGCAUUGCAGAGUUAUUGUCGGAGUCUGAGGAAACCUCAACCAAAGUCGAUUUGUUUUACCUUCUGCAGCAUACCCAAGGUGUCAGGACAUUGUGAAUAUCUGUGAAUUUGAAUAAGACAUAUCUCCUCAAUGUGGUACACCUUGUCAACACCGUGAUCUAAUCAGUCAUUAACGAUUUGAAUGUUGACAGUGUACAUGCACUGUUUGACUGAGUAUCUUUCGUGCCUUGUGAGUACAUAGGCUAUGGAGGAUCAUCCUACGUUCUUCAGAGUCAACAUCAGUGGGGACGAGAUCACGUCUAAGCGGUGCCAUCUUAAAGGUGUGUACUGCAUUGCUGUGAGGGACACAAGCUUGUGCCUGUGCGAUGUCAGAUCCAACCGGGUCAUCUAUGAAUGGCCGUACGUAUGCAUCCGAAAGUACGGAAAGUCUAGCACCCAAUUCACUUUAGAAGCGGGACGGAAAUCCUCAACUGGAGCAGGUGUUUUUAACAUGGAGACAGCCGACGGUUCCCUAAUCCUGAAGCGUGUGACGGAGAAAAUUGAAAAGAUAAAGGCUGCUAAAGGAUGUAAACAAAGUCCCGCCAGAAACAAAUCGGACCCUCAAAGGAGAUCCAACUCAUCUGAAGAGGAUGUUCACUUGUAUGCAAACGAGGACACCAUCAUGAACAGGAACGAUGUAGUGUACGACAAAGUGGAAUAUUAGGCUUCAGGCUACCUAUAUAUGAUGCCUUCCGACACUCGGAAGACUCGGCAUGCAAACAUACCAAUGUCUAAUGUUGUCAAAGAUCUGUGUGUUCCUAACGCUGGAUUGGCAACGGGACAGCAAGUGAAUGAUCUGUACAGAAAAUGCCAUCUCCAUCUCCUAAACUUUGGGAAAGUCAUCAAUUCAAAACUGAUACUGCAGCUGCAUCCUGCUCGAUCCUUGAUAGUCGCGCGAAAGGACUUUAGCAACAGUCUUUCAGCUAAUCUGCCAUCGAGCCUGCUAAACAAGCUACGACAGACGUAAAGGAGACACAGCUGUGACAAAACUGCCACAGACUCCAAUGUGACACUUGUGCGUAAAACACUUCCGGCUGGUGAAAGAGUGUGUUUAGAAAUUUUUCCCUGACACCAGUGUCUUCAUGGCCAAGCUCCUCCAUACCUUUUGACCGGGCCCAAAUGUACAUGUUCUUACAGUCUUUAAGAUCGGAGUGCCAACCGAUGGCUAAAAUAUAUGCCCGGAAAUUGAUUUCAUUUGGACACAGAUCUUUCAGUGUUGCAGCUGUCAUAAAAUGGAUGGCACUACCAGUCCAUCUGAGGCAAUCCCAGUCACUAGAACAGUUCGUCUUCAUUCAAUUCGUAUCUGUUUAACGGUGUCGGUCGGACUUGAGAAUUUUGACUCUCUCCUUGCCUGAUCUAUUCAUGAGCUAGCUAAGUGGAGGCGGAAUGGACAUACUGUUUUAUCAUCAUAAGGUGUAAAGGAAGUUCUCAGGAGGUGGAAUAUGGAUCUCAUGAUAGAAACAUUGUUUCUGAUGUGUGCAUUGGACAAACAGCGAGGAAAGACAUCAUUGUUACACCCUAUUACCUACAUGCCGAACACACAAUACCUUUUAUAUAGUGAGUGAGUUAGGAUUUUUAUUAGAAAGUGAUGAAAUGUAACGGCAGCUAUGUUUUCUUUGUGAGGUAUUUUAGAAGUUGUGUAGAUGAAGGAAAGCCAAGUUCUAUAAAUAGUCAACUUCUUUAUUGCAAUGAAUCGGACGUUUCAGAGUAGGUACUAACACCGUAAUCAAGCAAAUAUUGCUAUGCUGUGGAUUGCACUUUCUUAGUAAAGAACAAUUUGGGGGGUUCAAGUCCUGUCUAACCCACUCUUCCACUUGGAAACCUCGGUUGCUGUUUGGGUAAAAUUUGUUUGCUGUCUACUUUUGGACCCCUCACAACGACAGAUGGGGUUCGAAACCUAAAAAGGAUUUACUAGAUUUUGUACUAUACCAUGAGAAGUUAUGGGGGAGUUUACGAAAGUCAUGACGUCAUACACAUUGUGUGGAAUGUAUGAAAUCUUUGAUAUAUUUCUAUGUUAUAUUCAAUAUUUGUUGCUACGAUGCUCUUCCCACACAUACCCGUACUCAAAAAUCAGUGAGCCAAGCAUCUUAUAACCUAUAUAUGUGGAAGGUGAUUUUAUAAACACUAGACGUACACACUAAAUACUAAAUAAAACGCCUUGAAUGGUGAAUUAGUAAUGUAUCAAAAUGGCGAGAUUUACGAUUUACAUUCAUUUUGAUGCUCCACAAUGACAGAUGAGCUUAUCACAGAACAGGGAAUGUCCCACAGAUGUUCGAUUGUAUUUGAUUGGGAAAGUAUUUUGAACAUGAAUCUGCAUCAAGUUGAGGGAUGAAAAGUAGGGACAUAUUUGAGCUGAAAAGAGCAGGCUUCGCACCAAUAGGCUCAAAUCAAGUAUCUGUACAUACACCACGUUAAGGGGUCUAAUAAGGCGUUAUGACGUCAUUCGUUUGUCAGUUGGUACCAGUGACGUUAUAUGACAAGGAACAUAAGCACUGAUAUGCCUAUUAUGGAAAUAGAACUCUCGGCAAAUAUGAAAAAUAUGGAUCGAAAGAAAACGAUAUUAGGUUGUGAUAUCUGUAUUAUUUGGCUUUGAAACGGGGUCUUCCCACUUACCCAACCCCUAUUGUUUCAGUAGAAGAAAUCACUGGGGUGUGAUAAUCCCCUUUAAUCCCUUAUUAUUAAAAAACACCAGCGCUGUUAGGAUUCACUCGACAGAGCAACUGCUACUUCAAUGUUGUUUUAAUGACUGUAUGUGUGACUUCAUGGUAUGGAUGUGUUUUUAACAAUUUGAGUUCUGAUUCUGAAAUCUAAUGUUUUAUUUGUCAAACUUAAAUUCUAGUGAAUAUUGUCCGCCUCCUCGAAAUCCAUAUGUUUGUGUUGUCUGUUUAUCUCACACAAUAAACACAGAGUUUCUUGUGACAACUGUG